UGAUUCAAGAAUGAAUAAAGACGAAGAACCAGAUGAUGAAAUAUUUAGGCCAAGAUUAAAUCCUCUUUGCAAUAGAGAAUCCGUUGUUAGCAUUAGUGCAGAAGAUGAUAAUGUUGAACUAGUUCAUGAUGAUGACGAAGAAAUUUAUUCAGAAGCUAUUUAUGGGCACAUACUUAAGGAAUUAAAAGAAGACGAUGAUCAAACGUCAUAUAUUCACAACAUAAAUGUUUCAAAAUACACCAGAGAUGCCAAGAACUCCACAGAAUCAAAAUCCAAAUUGGCUAUCACUCCCAAGCUACAAAAUAUUGUGGAUGAAUUAAUAAUUACGGAGGAAAAUUAUGUUAAUCGAUUAAAAAAAAUCUUGGAGGACUACAUUCCUUAUUUACUUAAUAAAUUUGGGGAUGAAAAAUAUAUUUAUAUCACUUCUUAUAUUUCUCUAAUAUUAGAUAAAAUUUAUGACAAACAGAAAUUGUUCUUGAGGGAUUUAAAAAAAUCCCAUUACGAUAUUGAAACUAUCGUUGAAACCUUCCACAAACAUGAAGAACUUUUUAUGCUGUACCCAUUUUACUUUAAAAGACAUAGGUACACACAAACAUUUCUGGUGGAUAUUAAAGAAAUUGCAAUGCGUAAACAAGAGGAAUUAGGGGAUACUCUGGAUCUACCAGCCUAUUUAUAUAGACCCAUCGACAGGCUAGGAAAGUAUCCACUCCUCUUCAACGAAAUGAACAAGGAAAUUAUUAAAAGCAACGGAUCAAGAUUAGAUGACAAUGCUCAAGAAAGCAUUGGACAUAAAGGUAUUAAUAGCAUCUGUGGACUAAUUGAACGCAUUAUGUCCCAAGGGAACAGCGAAGUUGCUAGGGCUUCAAUAGAAAAAUUGCCCAUUGAUAUAAUUGAUGAUUUUGAUACGUAUUUGUUUAAAGAUGACUUUCAAGUAAGAUAUAAUAAAAAAUGGAAGUCGCCUCUCACAGUUUUCCUAUUUAAAAAUAUAAUAAUUUUUACAAAAAAAGCUAAAGUUCCAGAAGCUUUUACGUAUGUGGAUUCGGUAUUGAUCAAAAACGUGGAAAAAGUCGUGGAUACAUCGAAAAAUAUUAUUGAAAUAUGUGACUUUAAUCAUGUUAAAAAGAAAAAAAAGUUUUUUUUAGAAGCGGAAAUGCCUGAAGUUUUUAAUAGAUGGGCAGAACAAAUCUGCACAUUGUCGAUGCAAUAUUAGCUUUAAAUAAUAAAAAAGGAUGUUUAUAAAGUAAAAAAAUAUAAUGAAUAUUAAGGAGAUUAUAUGGAAUAUACUUUUAUUAUUAAGUGAUAAAGUAUUAAAUUGGUAUUAAAUGAUUCAAAUGAAUAAAACAAAUGAAUAAUUAAUUUAUGAGUUUAUUUUUAAUUUAAUAACAAAUUUAUUAGGUAGCAAAAUUUAAUAAAGACCAU